AUGGAACAUCUAUAUUUCAAUGAUCAAAUUCGUUUUCAAGCCAUCUGCAAAAGUUGGCGAUGGAAUAUUCAUGCUAUCAAAUCUGGAGAUCAAUUGCCUUGGAUAUUUGCUCACAAGUACAACCAACAUGAUAAGGUCAUUGGCACUUGUUAUCUUUACAACCCUUCUAACAAAACAAAGCAUGAGAUUAAAAAGAAGUUACCAUUUGCAUCAAGGUUUGAAGUUACAAAUUAUGGUUGGAUUCUUAUAUCCAAACUAGAAGAGAAUGUCCGUUGGUAUCGUCCUGGUAGUUUACUCUUCUUCUUCUAUAAUCCCUUUACUGAUGAAACAAUAAAACUCUCAGCAUUGGAAACUCAUCUAUACAUUGAGAGUCAUCGGGUAAUACUCUCAGGCAAUCCAACUUCCAGAGAGUGUGUGAUAUUUGUAGUAUUGAGAGAUCAAUGCUGGGAAGGUUGGGAAUGCAUGAAAAUCUACACAUGUAGGCCUAGAGAUACAAGAGGAACUCUUCAUUAUUGUUUAAAAGAUUUUAGACGAGAUAUUCUUAAUUUGGAUGGAGUCUUAUAUUGUGCUAGUAUUAGCAGUAUAUUUGGAGGUGAAAAAAUUUAG